CCUGUGCCUGUGCCUCGUUGGGUCUCGAGUCUCAAGUCUCAAGUCUCAAGUCUCUCUCUCUUGUCUUGUCCCUCUUGUCCCUCUUAUGGGUCUUAUCCCUCUCCUCUCCUUGUCCUUGGCAACGCGCCUACUGUAUGUAUGUCAUCUCUGCCUCGGUCCCUAGCCACUGGAACGCCGCCAUAAGUGACCUUUUGCCUGCGGACUACUGGGAUACCUACCUUACCUAUACCUAUACCUUACCUUACCUUACCUACCUACCUUACCUAUCUACAGUCCUACCACGCACUCGCCUCCACUUACUCUUUCUUCUCUUCUGCUUGGGCGCGGGCUCGUCAGCUUCGGGCCUGGGAUCCAUCUACCUUACCUACCUCCCUUCACCUCAUCAUCUACCGAGUACCUAUCCUAUGUCAACUCCCUCCCGGCCCUGCUUGCACCUUACGCUAUCUGUGCCUAGGCCCCCUCGACGUACCUGGUUGCGCCGGAUCGUCCACCGCACUGAUAUCUUGUCACUGCCUCCCCCGCACUCCUGGACCUCGCCCUCUGGCCGCUGCUACUAAUCUAAUAUAAAACCUUAACCCCCCCUUUCUUAUCACAUCCCUCGUGCGCCUCC